AUACCGAACUCUCCAAUGCGGUGUCAUUUCUCUGAUUGGUGCAACUGUAGUUACAAAUCUCCAAAAGAGUGAUAAAGAGUGUUGGAUUAGCAAACUCUUAGUCUAGUGAUCCGAAGUAUGAGAACUAAUAGCAAUACAUGAAGACAACGUGCUGCUCCGCAUAUUUUUCAACGCUCAUUCUCUUUGAAUUGCCAUUCGCGAUACCAACCAAUCAAUUAGUUAUAAAAAAACAGUAAAUAAUAAGGAAAAUCUAUAUAUAAGUUUAGCUGCGGGAUUCAAAUGCUCUUCAUUUCCUGUUACUCAUUAUAACAUCUGGUCCUGUUCUGUUUCUGUUCUUACGAAGAAGAAGAAGAAACGCCACUACUAUACAAGUAAAUCAGAAAUUUAGAAAAAUGGAUGGAAUCAAGGAUGAUUGCAAAAGCUGUACAGAUAAAUCAAUUCCAUCUUGUUGUUUGAAAGCUAAGUCUUCAGCUGCGGAAAACGAUGCAGUAUGUCAUGACACAGUGGUAUCUGGUUGGUUCUCUGAGGUUCCAUCUGAUUCUGAAGGUGUUCGCGAUGUGUACUAUAAUAACCCUAUGUGGCCUGGAGAAGCGCAUUCAUUAAAAGUAGAAAAGAUCUUAUUCAAGGGCAAAUCGAAGUACCAAGAGAUACUAGUUUUCGAGUCGUCGAAAUAUGGAAAAGUGCUUGUGCUUGACGGUAUUGUGCAAUUGACUGAGAAAGACGAAUGUGCUUAUCAAGAGAUGAUAUCCCACCUUCCACUUUGUUCUAUACCAUCCCCAAAAAAUGUUUUGGUUAUUGGUGGCGGAGAUGGUGGCGUUCUAAGAGAGAUUUCUCGCCACAAAUCCGUGGAGCACAUUGACAUUUGUGAGAUAGAUGAUAUGGUUAUAGAAGUAUGUACUGCAUUUUCAUCCUUUGGAUGGUUCUAUGAGUUCAACUUGCGCUCAUCCGUUGGAACUGAUAAUGAAAUUAAUCGUCGUAUUCUAGGCGCGGAAUUUUUGCGUAACUCUACUGAAGGAAAGUAUGAUGCCAUUGUUGUGGAUUCAUCUGAUCCUGUUGGACCUGCUCAGGAACUUGUUGAAAGACCCUUUUUUGAAGCGGUAGCAAAGGCAUUGAGGCCUGGUGGUGUUCUCUGUAACAUGGCGGAAAGCAUGUGGCUCCAUACUCAUCUCAUUCAAGAUUUGAUAUCAAUUUGUCGCUUAACAUUCAAGGGUUCUGUCCACUAUGCUUGGACAAGUGUUCCUACAUACCCAAGUGGUGUGAUAGGUUUUCUAUUAUGCUCAACUGAAGGACCAACUGUCGAGUUCUUGAACCCUAUAAAUCCUAUUGAGAAAAUAGAAGGAGCUGUCGACUUCCCAAGGGAGCUCAGGUUCUAUAACUCAGAGAUGCAUACAGCUGCCUUUGCCAUGCCAUCGUUCGUGACGAGGGAGGUUAAUAUUUUACGCCAUAUUCAGCCAGCACGAAAAAUAAUCUGUGUUUUAUAGAUAUUAUGAUCAAUGUAUCAGUAAUCUUAUUAAUUUAUGUACAAUCCAAUCGAAACACAGCUGGUUAUGGCUGAUAUUGUAUGGGGGAAAAGAAGUUCAAUCAACUGAUUUCCCUUUUCUUUUCUACCCAUAGUUAUAAUGAAAGUGUAAUGAACCGAUGAAGAGCUAAUUAAGAUUGUAUGUUCCAUAA